AUGGAAAUGAAGUGGGCAGCUUCUUCUGACCAGUCACAGCAGCGACCUUAUUUAGGUGUCCGUGUGAAAGAUCCCGUAAAGGAACUGCUUAAAAGAAAGAGAAAGAACGUUGAGAACACUAAUACAUCUCCCAGCAGCUCGAAUUUUACAAAGCAUAGAAUGCAUAAUUUUUGGAACGUUUGUUGGCAUCAGUGUUCACUGCCAAUCAAGGCUGAGAAUGUGUGUGUGUGCAUUUUUAAUUUCUUGCUGCUAUUUUCGUUCCUAUCUUCAGGACAUCCGGGGUUCCAUGAGACAGAUGCUGCUUCAUCACCAGUGCAACCUGCUGAGGAGGGAAGCUUUCACACUACAUGGCUGCCUCAGCCAUCCUCUGCCAGCCUCCAGCCGGUGUCACAGUGGUCACCUUGCCCCAGCUACCCCUCGCACGAUGCCGUCAACUCACCGUACAUGCAAGACAUGUGCAUGCAAGCUGCCUGUCCCAGCUACACAAUGCUGGGGCCCCCCUCGGUCAUGUCGUACAGCCCGCAACCAUUGCAGAGCAACUUCCCAGGGAACUGCCAGGUAGGAUACGUCUUGGGGUUUCCAUGCACUCACACCAAGGGUACAAUGAAUAGGGAACACCUUUCGAGGGCGCCCACACCAGCUGGUCUUCCGCAAAUGGAUCUCUCAGGCCAGCAGCAGUCCCUCAAUCACUCUCCUUGGUGUCAAACGCUCUCGGCUCUACCUGCACCAGGGACGCCCUGUCCGGCAAGCCCCUUGCCGUCUCUGCCGCCCCAGUUUGUGCCUCUGAACAUUUCCAGCCCUGAGCCUGGACUUCUGGAGCUGGAGGAUGCCAGGAGAACCAUUGCCAACAUGCCCAUUGAGAAGCUGCUGCAACAAGAUGAAGACAAUGACACGUAUGUUACUUUGUACUAGCAGCGGGGAGCCAGAAUGUCUAGGUUGAGUAGUGGUAGUGCAGAGAGCCACAGCUAUAUGGCCAUAGAGGAGGGUGCUAGAGACGGCUUGCAGCUUGUAACUCCUACUGAUGACAUGAAUUCUUGUCACAAAAGGGCACAAGGUGCUGGAGUAACUCAACAGAUCAAGCAGCAUCCCUGGAGAACAUGGAUAGGACUUCAAUCUGAAGAAGGGUGUCGACCUGAAAUGCCACCUAUCCAUGUUGAGUCUCAAGAAGGGUCUUAACCCGAAACGUCACUUAUCCAUGUUCUUCAGAGAUGCUGCCUGACGUGCUGAGUUACUCCAACAAUUCCUGCCCUUUUGUGUUUUAAUCAGAAUCUACAGUUCCUUGUAUCUAUCUAUAUACAUACUUAUCACAUUGCUUCUCGCAAGUUUAGGUGGAUGGAAGAGUAUGAAUAUUGACUUCUGUGACUACAAGUAAUGUUUGCUUUUGGUCUCUCUCCAUCCCUCCCCCUUCCUAGUUCUCCGAUCAGUCUGACUGACCUCCUGAUUAAAUUUUAUCUCUGUAUGCGUUCGUUGUCAACUUCUCAUAGCUAGCAAUGAUCUAUUCUACAUUUUCCUUGAUCUGCAUCUCAUUUCAUGUCUUGUUUUCACACCUUACACAUCCUUGCCUCUGUGUCUUCCUUUCCCCUGACUCUCAGUCUGAAGAAGGAUCUCGACCCGAAACAUCACCCCUUCUAUCCAGAGAUGCUGCCUGUCCCGCUGGGUUAAACCCCUGUCCCACUAUACGGGUUCAUUCCACGAGUUCUCCCGUGUUUGCCUUGAAUCGAACUCGGAGAUUUACGGUAAUGGCCGCUCGUCGGUACUCGGGGCUCUCGUGGACAUUUUUCAAUGUUGACAAAUCUUCACGAGUCUUCCCGAGCUUAC